AUGUCUACCCCGCAGGCUCCCCAGCCCGUCCAUGUCUUGUCCCCUGACCUUGUCGGUGUGCUCAAGAAUCGCGUAGAGGCUACAUGGGUAGCUCUUAUCAAGAAGAACAAAGACACCCGUUGUUUUUCCGAAUCUCCUGUCUUUGCGGCAUUUCACAGUGCGAUACGCAAUUUUGGGAGGGAUGAUGAUGAGGGCAUCUCGGAUGAUAUCCUCCUGGAUACCUUUUGCACCACAAUCCCGUUAACGACGUACGACCCUUACGAGCCCUUCGUGGCCAAAUUCCUUUCGGAGACUUGUCAGGAGGACGAUGUUCGAGAUAUGUUCUCGCCCGGUUUGCCUCAUCACAUAGCGGUCACGAGUUCGACCUCGAGUUCAAAACCAAAGUUUUUUUGCAAGUAUCGACAUCAAGGCUCAGUGUACUAUACCAUCGAUGAUCGAGAGGCCUUCCGGAUCUUUUCUCUCCACAGUCGUCAGUUGGUGAAAAUCCAAAAUCCAAAUGGGGACAUCAUUAAGACCAUUUCUGUUGGUUUGGGGUCAUCCGGAGGGGUUCGCGUGCGGUAUGAUUUGGAAGUGGAAAACGAUCACUUGAAUAUUAAGUUGGCCGGCACGUCUCCUCACUCCACGUUCAAAUGGAAGUGGUCCACUUCUCCGAUCGCCGUCGGCUUCGUCCGCGAUUAUCGCACGUUCUUACUCACGCACACACUCUUCGCACUCGCAAAUAGCAAGGUUGAAACCAUAUUUAUAAACUUUACUACGUCCGCCGUCGACAUGAUACGGUUUAUGGAAGAAGAGUGGGAAGCCCUGAUUAUUUCCAUCGAGACAGGUGAACUUCCCCCCUGGGACGGGAUCAAAGAUGUCCGGGAAUACCUUCAACCCCAUUUCCCUCCACGCCCAGAGCGUGCUGCUCAGCUUCGUGCAGUCGGUAAAGCAAACGACCAACCUGGCUGGCUGUUGAAAAUUUGGCCGAUGCUCAAGAGCACUGUGUCCAUCGGUAGCGGUGUUUUCUCUGUCGCGGUUCCGAAGUUACGAUUCUACUUGGGCCCUGUGCAAUUGCGUAGCCCCGGGUUUUUCAGUUCCGAAGCCUACGUUGCUGCAGUCUACGACCCUUCAGACCUGAACCUUUUCAAAAUGACAUCGCAAGACAUCUUCGAAUACCUUGACGUAACCAAGGAGGAAAAUGCGUCUGGUGUCGUACCCCCUUGGCUACUUGAGGUCGGGAAACAUUACGAGAUCGUGUGCACCACUCGUGACGGUUUGUGGCGCUACCGUCUUGGAGAUAUUGUCGAAAUUGCAGGCUUUGAUCCAACAGAUGGCUCACCUAUCAUUCGCUACUUCGAACGACGAAAUGUCAUUACGUGGAUGGCAGGGGGUGUGCUGACCGAAAAGCAUAUCACCACUGCUAUUUUAGCGGUGCAAGAUACCCUUGCCCCAAUAGUUGAGUUCACUACCAUCAUCGAUAGCCACAGUGGGGUUUCCACUCUUGGAUAUCUUGUGGAAGUUCAUGGCGAACUUCAUCCCGAGGCCGUCAAAGCUCCCAUGAAGCUCCACAGCGAACUUUGCCGCCUGAACGAAGAGUUUGAUCCAGAAAGAAUGCAGAUACCGACUAUCCGGGUGUUGGAACCCGGGACGUUCGGGGAGUACAGACGAUGGAAAGUUGAAGUGACCAACUCUGGUUCCGGACAAGGGAAGGUCCCUGUGUCGAUGAAGGACAAUACGGCCCGAGAGUGGAUGUUAGCGCGGGUCCGGAGCGAAUUGGGUGUAGACUCGAACGGCGGAGCCUUGCAAGGCUGACUACGAGACUGUCGACAGUAUCGCUGACCAACAUGUUUGUAGUAUAGUAAUUGAAGUUUCUCCAAGAGUGGCGAAG